ACUCCAGCUUCCUUUGUGGGGAAACUGCCCACAACCUGACGUCAAGGCAACAUGUGAUCCGUUUCUUCCCGUGCUGCCUCGCACCCCGAUGCAGUCACACAGCAGCUCUUCAGCGGUGAGGAACAUGCUGUACAAUACUCCCACUGCACAGGAAUCAGCAUCCGUUUAACGGAUGAUGAUCGCCGAGCCCGGUCCCCGUUAGCGAUGGCUUCCCUGGGGCCUCCUCCGGCGUCCCUCCUGUGCGCCCUGCUGUGGGUGUCGGUGGCGCCCCAGCGCUCAGACAUGCAUCUGGCGUACGUGACUCACGACAGCUUCUUCUACUACUCGUGCAGCCAGGAGCCGGACGCGUGCAACGAGGCGUCGCUGGACGCCUGCUGCUGCCGGGACAUCACGCUGCCAACUCUGCGGCGCUUGCCGGCGGCGCCUUACUCUUCGCCCGUAUUCCACAGGCGGCGUCUGACCGUGUGGUACACGUCGCCCUGGAACGCCGCCCGGCUGCUCAACAACUCGGAGGUGCUCCACCUCACCCUGAUGGACUGCGGCGGGGGCGGGGGCGGCGGCGGCGGCGCCCCCCUUUUGGAGGGACACUUCGCGGUACAGCAUUUGGAGAGGCUGAGCGUCAUCGACUUCCCGCGAAUGCCCCAAAGAAAGAUGGAGUCAGAGAACGACAACGACCUCCAUUUUGACGCCGACAGGUGGAAGUUGCGGGCCUCGGCGCAGGUGCAGGACAUUUUCCUGGGGCGGGAGCUGGGGGCGGCCUUCCAUGAACAGGCUCGGUUGGGCGUCAUCCACGGUUCGGUUCUGCAGGGCGGGGCGGCCGGUAUCAAAGUGUACACCGUGCAGACGCAUAUCGACGGCGACGGCACGAUGCCGUUUCCCCAACUGCGACUGCCCAAACUCCCGGAAACUUCCGUCAUCUAUGUCAGUUUCGUAUACAGGAGGGAGCGUAAUGAGGACUAAAUUGGACCCGAUUAAUCGGUUAAUUCGACUAAAAAGGCCGAUAUUACCUAAUUUAAAAUAUAUCGGAAUGGGCAUCAGCCC